AUGCCAAUGGGCUCCGAUGGUGCCCAGACGAUCAUGAUCCAGGUUCCUGGCGUGGCCACAGCCACGGCGUACCCUAACCCUAACCCUAACCCUAACCCUAACCCUAACCCUAACCCUAACCCUAACCCUAACCCUAACCCUAACCCUAACGCCCGAUACCAGUGA